AUGGUCCAUGGCGGCCGUGGGCGGGGCCUGGGGCCCUGGGCGGGGCCUGGAGCGGGAGCAGCGCGUCAAUCAGUUCCCAGCCGUCUCCUAAUGGUCAAUUGGGGCCGUGGGCGGCGCCUGGGGCUGUGGGCAGGGGCCUGGGGCGGGGUCUGGGGCUGUGGGCGGGGCCUGGGGCUGUGGGCGGGGCUUCUCGACUCUCAGUCCUCCCCCGGGUACCGUGUGCUCAGUCCUCCCCCGGGUACUGUGUGCUCAGUCCUCCCCCGGGUACUGUGUGCUCAGUCCUCCCCCGGGUACUGUGUGCUCAGUCCUCCCCCGGGUACUGUGUGCUCAGUCCUCCCCCGUGUGCUCAGUCCUCCCCCGUGUGCUCAGUCCUCCCCCGGGUACCGUGUGCUCAGUCCUCCCCCGUGUGCUCAGUCCUCCCCCGGGUACUGUGUGCUCAGUCCUCCCCCGUGUGCUCAGUCCUCCCCCGGGUACCGUGUGCUCAGUCCUCCCCCGGGUACCGUGUGCUCAGUCCUCCCCCGUGUGCUCAGUCCUCCCCCGUGUGCUCAGUCCUCCCCCGUGUGCUCAGUCCUCCCCCGGGUACUGUGUGCUCAGUCCUCCCCCGUGUGCUCAGUCCUCCCCCGGGUACUGUGUGCUCAGUCCUCCCCCGGGUACUGUGUGCUCAGUCCUCCCCCGUGUGCUCAGUCCUCCCCCGUGUGCUGUGUGCUCAGUCCUCCCCCGGGUACUGUGUGCUCAGUCCUCCCCCGUGUACUCAGUCCUCCCCCGGGUACUGUGUGCUCAGUCCUCCCCCGGGUACCGUGUGCUCAGUCCUCCCCCGGGUACUGUGUGCUCAGUCCUCCCCGGGUACUGUGUGCCUCAGUCCUCCCCCGGGUACUGUGUGCUCAGUCCUCCCCCGUGUGCUCAGUCCUCCCCCGGGUACUGUGUGCUCAGUCCUCCCCCGUGUGCUCAGUCCUCCCCCGUGUGCUCAGUCCUCCCCCGGGUACUGUGUGCUCAGUCCCCCCCCGGGUACUGUGUGCUCAGUCCUCCCCCGUGUGCUCAGUCCUCCCCCGUGUGCUCAGUCCUCCCCCGUGUGCUCAGUCCUCCCCCGGGUACUGUGUGCUCAGUCCUCCCCCGGGUACUGUGUGCUCAGUCCUCCCCCGGGUACUGUGUGCUCAGUCCUCCCCGGGUACUGUGUGCUCAGUCCUCCCCGUGUGCUCAGUCCUCCCCCGGGUACUGUGUGCUCAGUCCUCCCCCGGGUACUGUGUGCUCAGUCCUCCCCCGGGUACUGUGUGCUCAGUCCCCCCCCCGGGUACUGUGUGCUCAGUCCUCCCCCGGGUACUGUGUGCUCAGUCCUCCCCCGGGUACUGGCGCUCAGUCCUCCCCCGGGUACUGUGUGCUCAGUCCUCCCCCGUGUGCUCAGUCCUCCCCCGUGUGCUCAGUCCUCCCCCGGGUACUGUGUGCUCAGUCCUCCCCCGUGUGCUCAGUCCUCCCCCGGGUACUGUGUGCUCAGUCCUCCCCCGGGUACUGUGUGCUCAGUCCUCCCCCGGGUACUGUGUGCUCAGUCCUCCCCCGGGUACCGUGUGCUCAGUCCCCCCCCGGGUACCGUGUGCUCAGUCCCCCCCCGGGUACUGUGUGCUCAGUCCUCCCCCGGGUACUGGCGCUCAGUCCUCGCACCCGCUUCUCGUUGCAGAUUUCGACCUGGCGGACGCGCUGGACGACCCCAAGAAGCCGACGCCGACGCCCAGGAAGCCCCCGGGAGGCGGCGGCGACCUGGACCUGAGCGACGCCCUGGGCGGACUGGAUCCGCCGCCGCCGCCGCCGCCGCGACCCCGUGACCCCCAGAAGCCGGACGCCAGGCCCGCGGGAGGUCAGGAGGCGGGGCGCGCCGAGGAGGGGCGGGGCCGGGCCGGCGAGGGGCGUGGCCAUGCAAAUGAGGCCUCUAUGGAGGUCUGGGCCCUGACUGGGGGCGUGGCCAUGCAAAUGAGGCCUCUAUGGAGGUCUGGGCCCUGACUGGGGGCGUGGCCAUGCAAAUGAGGCCUCUAUGGAGGUCUGGGCCCUGACUGGGGGCGGGGCCAUGCAAAUGAGGCCUCUAUGGCAGGUCUGGGGGCGUGGCCAUGCAAAUGAGGCCUCUAUGGAGGGUCUGGGGCCUGACUGGGGGCGUGGCCAUGCAAAUGAGGCCUCUAUGGCGGGUCUGGGCCCUGACUGGGGGCGUGGCCAUGCAAAUGAGGCCUCUAUGGCGGGUCUGGGCCUGACUGGGGGCGGGGCCAUGCAAAUGAGGCCUCUAUGGAGGUCUGGGCCCUGACUGGGGGCGUGGCCAUGCAAAUGAGGCCUCUAUGGAGGUCUGGGCCCUGACUGGGGGCGUGGCCACGCAAAUGAGGCCUCUAUGGCGGGUCUGGGGCCCUGACUGGGGGCGUGGCCAUGCAAAUGAGGCCU